UCUAUUGUUUAAGCACAGGAUUAAUGCUUUAAAGAAAAUCUCUUCCAUGUUUCUGUCUAUUUAGAGUAAUCAUCAGACAUCGGCUUUAUACGGGACACCAAAUAGCAGAUUUUAUUUCUUCUUAAAUCAGAUCAAAAAUGAUAAACACAAAUGGCCCAUCGCUGUUACGUCUGGGUGUAAUAAUGACAUUGGCAGGUGUCAUCUCUCUGAGCGUUGUGUUUUUCUGGUUCUCACCUUCAAACAAAUGUCCACCUCCUGUUUUUAAAUCACACCAAUAUUCACAAAUCAGCUCUGCCAAGAGCAACAGCUCUCCUUCUGUUGAAGCAGAGGAGAAACCUAUACUUCUGUUAUGGGUUUGGCCUGAAAAUUAUAGGUUUGAUUUCAGUGACUGCAAAAAGUUUUACAAUAUUGAUAAUUGUCAUCUGACGGAUGAUAGAUCUCUCUACAACGAUGCAGAUAAUGUCAUUGUUUAUCACAGAAACCUCCAAUGGGAUCUGUCCAACCUUCCCCCAUCUCCUCGUCCUCCGUUCCAGAGGUGGAUUUGGUUGCAUUUGGAAUCACCAACCAACACCAAAAAGAUACCAGGUCUGGAAAACCUGUUCAAUCUCACUCUCAGCUACAGACAGGAUGCUGAUAUUCCUGUACGGAUGCGCUUGACAACCAGGAAGAAACCUAAUGAGGAUUUUGUGAUUCCCAAAAAGGACAAACUGGUGUGUUGGAUUGUAAGUAACAACGAUCCCUCAACUGGUGUCGACACAAGGAACGUUUUUUACAGGGAAUUCAGCAAAUACAUCCAAGUGACUUUGUUUGGAAAGGCUUAUUCAAGAUUUCUGGGUUACGACGAGUACUAUCCAACCCUGGCUAGCUGCAAAUUUUACCUUUCCUUUGAGAACUCCAUCCACAAAGACUACAUCACUGAGAAGUUAAAUGGGCCGCUCGCUGCAGGUACCGUCCCUGUGGUGUUGGGUCCUCCGAGAAGAAACUAUGAAAACUUUGUACCCGCCGAGUCCUUCAUUCAUGUCAAUGACUUCCCAGAUGCAAAAUCACUAGCCGAAUAUCUGCUUCAUCUGGACAAGGAUGAAGAUGCAUAUCGCAAGUACUUUAACUGGAGGAAACAUCUCACUCCAAGUCCUCAUUUAAUAUUACAGACACAAGAGUUUAUUCUGGCUAUUUGCACUGCCUGCGACCAUGUGGCACGACACAGGGAAUAUAAAGAAGCUCAUGAUCUCUAUGAUUGGUACUUCAAUUAAUGUCACCUCAGGUUUUCAUACAUCACGCUGACUACAAUGUUUAUGAAAUAGAUUUUUUAAUAUAUAUAUUUAUACAUACACUGUGACUUUUUAUAUAAGAUUGUAUAACUAUUUUGGUGAAAGUGUUUUAAUAAUUAAACAUUG